AGAUAGAAAUAGCUCUCUUUUUUUAUUUUAUUCAUUUCAGAUGUUUCCUCGAUCACCUCAAGAUGAACUACCAGAAGGUGGCUGUCAACUGAUGGAUGGCUUUGGUAUCUUUAUUCAACUUUGCUUGGCAACAACUGCUUUUUCUACCUUAAUUUAUAAACGACAAAGAGAAGAGCCACGACGUCCGAUUCGUAUUUGGGCUAUGGAUGUCAGCAAACAGUUAGCAGGUGGUGUGAUGAUUCAUACACUGAAUGUGAUUGCAGCUGUCUUUUUUGGUGUUCAUCCAGAAGAAGGAGUCAAGUCCAACCCAUGUGUAUGGUACUUUUUGAACAUCUUGGUCGAUACAACGGUGGGGAUUGGGAUCUUAUGGCUCAUCUUGACUGGGUUUAAAUACCUUGUGGGCUAUUUAGGUCUAUCUGGAUUCCAGAGUGGUGUCUAUGGCCCACCUCCUUUGACAGGGCAACUGGUGCAAUGGGCUAAACAGUUGUUAGUCUAUGUUGUCAGUUUGUUUUUGAUGAAAAUGAUUGUGAUUGCUAUUUUUCAUUUGUGCCCUUGGUUAUCUGAUUUUGGUCAAUGGGUGCUUGAAUGGACAGUGGGUAAUUAUAAACUUCAAGUGGCCUUUGUGAUGCUCAUUUUCCCCUUGGUAAUGAAUAUCAUGCAAUUUUGGGUGAUUGAUACAUUUAUCAAACAUAAAUCAGAACAUACUAGUCCAAUUAUUCGAUUGGAUAGAGAUGAAGAAGAUGCAGAAGCAUUGCUUCAUCAUGAAGAAAACGAAACAGACCCUCCACCAAGAUACAGUAUAGAAAGUGACAGGAGAAGCAAUGUAUUCAUCGAGGCUUCUUCUUCAAGUGAUUUACCAACAUCAAGGGAAAACGAAUACGAAAUGAAAUCAAAGAAAUAACGUAUACCCACACACACACUAUGUACA